UGUGUCACAGAAUAUGAUAAAUGCUUAUCAAUGGACAAUGAUAUUCUCACGGAAGCUCAUGAAGCACGGUGCGCUGUCGCAGAAUAUGGUAAAUGCAUAUCAAUGGACAGGGAUGUUAUCCUGGACGCUCAUAAAUCACUCUUGGCUAGUAUAACAUAUGUUGAGGGGAAAGUUCCCCCCACAGUCAAGUUAAAUGUCGUGGAGCCUUGCAGCCGGUGCCAUGCAGUUGAAUUAUAGAUGUCUUCGUCAUACAUGUAGCCUUGCAGCACUCGCUGGCUCGGUGCGUUCCCGCUCACUACCUUUCGGCUUUCGUUUUUCUUCGCGUUCAGCUGGCGCUUGGCCUGUUUACGACUUUGGGGAUAAAAAAACCAUCCAGCCGCGUACCAUCCGCCACUGCUGGUUCCUGCGCUACACCGCGCUUUUUGUUACCGUACCAGACGCCUCCGCCGUGAUCCCUGACCUCCGCCGCUCGGUAGCACGAGUGCCGUUUGGCCGUACCAAUCACCGGUGAGCAAUGAACAUUUCCUCCAUGCGCACAGUGCAGUAAACAAUGGGAGUAUUCUGUUAUAUUCAUUCAUGCAGAGAAUUGAGUUGACUCCCUGAGUUUGUGGCGACUACGUGCUGGAUCAAGCAGCACAUGUUCGUGCACGUUGGCGCGACGCAGCUAGCAACAGAUAGCACAUCCCAAAUUAAUCCACCGUCCCUUAACUCCCAAAAGUUGAUGAAAACAUCAGCAGAGCACUCAUCUUGCCCUCUCUCGCAAAACGGUCGAAAUGAAGCACAACAACCUGCUCGUCCGGAGAGCGGCUUCCACCACCGGGCUUCUCCUCAUCCUCCUCCUCCUUGUCGCCUUCACCGUCUGCAACUACUCCUCGCUGAAGCUGAGCACACGCCAGUACAUCGAUGGCACGUCGGCGAGAUCGUCGUCGACCCGUGCAAGCUACGCCAGCGGCGGCGGAGGAGGCGCGGCGUGCGACGUCGCGAGGGGGGAGUGGGUGCCCGACCCGGCGGCGCCGUACUACACCAACGAGACGUGCCCGCUGAUCGACAGCCGGCAGGACUGCAUGAAGUACGGCAAGCCUGGGCUGGAGUCCAUCCUCCGGUGGCGGUGGCGUCCCCACGGCUGCGACCUCCCCCGCUUCGACGCCGCCGCCUUCCUCCGCCUCGUGCGCGGCAAGUCUAUGGCCUUCGUCGGCGACUCCGUCGCGCGCAACCACAUGCAGUCGCUCAUGUGCCUCCUCUCCAAGGUGGAGUUCCCGACGGAGAUCGAGGCCAAGGACUGCAUCCACUGCACGCGCAAGUACCACUACCGCGCGCACAACUUCACCGUGUGCGUGUUCUGGGCGCCGUUCCUGGUGCGGUGGAACCUGACGCGCGCCGGCGCGCUGCAGUUCAUGGACCCGCACAACGUGUUCCUCGACGAGGCCGACCCGGAGUGGUCGCGCGGCGUCGCCGGCUACGACUACGUCGUGCUCAACGGCGCCAAGUGGUUCACCCGCCCCACCAUCCUCUACGAGGGAGGCCGCCUCGUCGGGUGCAACAACGACUGUCACGGCGGCGAUCCCAACGCCACCGCCGCCACGGCGCCGCCGGAGUACGCGGUGCGCGCGUCGUUCCGGACCGCGCUCCGCGCGCUGCGCGAGCACCCCGUGUUCCGCGGCACGGUGAUCGUCCGCACGGUGGCGCCGCCGCACUACGAGAACGGCAAGUGGUACGACGGCGGGAACUGCCUGAGGACGCGGCCCAUGCGGAGCGACGAGACGGGCCUCCCGGAGACGGAGGCCGCGUUCCACGCCGCGCAGGUGGAGGAGUUCCGCGCCGCGGCGGCGGCGGCGGCGGGUGGGAGGUUCUUGCUGAUGGACGUCAGCGGGAUGAUGCAGAUGCGCGGCGACGGGCACCCUGGGCAGUACGGCCACUGGCCGCACGAGAAGGUCGGCUUCGGCAUCGACUGCGUCCACUGGUGCUUGCCUGGCCCCGUCGACGCCUGGAACGAGCUGCUGCUCCACUUGCUCCGUGGUUAGGCAACUGAGCAUGAUACAUCUACCUAGUCUUAGUUUUCUCUUCCUUCGCAUUGUAUUGUACAAGUGGCAUGCAUUUGGAAUUUUGGAUGCGAAUUGAUGUCA